CACGAGCCCACGCAUCCCCUAGGGUUUCUGUGUCUUCAAAUGUGACCUAUCCUCUUCUGCUACACUACCCAAUUUAUUCUCGGCCGGAAAGUCUCUUCUUGAUUAUCGUCCAGGGAUUGCAACAGAGAGAAAGUAACGAUGCCGGCGAAACAGAGGACAGCUAAGGUCAACAGGAAUCCUGAUCUGAUCAGGGGAGUUGGUAAAUACUCAAGGUCUCAGAUGUACCAUAAGAGAGGUUUGUGGGCAAUCAAGGCCAAAAAUGGAGGCGUUUUCCCCCGCCACGACGCUAAAUCUAAGGUUGAUGCUCCGGUGGAGAAGCCACCGAAGUUCUAUCCAGCUGAAGACGUGAAGAAACCUCUCCCCAACAGGCGCACGGCAAAACCAGCCAAGCUCAGAGCUAGCAUCACUCCAGGGACAGUGCUUAUCAUCCUUGCUGGUAGAUUUAAGGGCAAGAGAGUUGUCUUCCUUAAGCAGCUUGCCUCCGGUUUGCUUCUUGUGACUGGACCAUUCAAGAUCAAUGGUGUUCCUCUGAGACGUGUUAACCAGGCCUAUGUCAUUGGUACUUCCACAAAGGUUGACAUUUCUGGAGUUACCCUCGACAAAUUCGAUGAUAAGUACUUCGGCAAGGUUGCUGAGAAGAAAAAGAAGAAGACUGAAGGAGAGUUCUUCGAGGCUGAGAAAGAGGAGAAGAAAGAGAUUCCACAGGGAAAGAAAGAUGACCAGAAAGCCGUGGACGCAGCUUUGAUCAAAGCUAUUGAAGCAGUUCCAGAGUUGAAGACUUACCUCGGAGCAAGGUUUUCAUUGAAACAAGGAAUGAAGCCCCAUGAGCUUGUUUUCUAGAUUUCAUUACUUUUUUUCUGAGGUUUCUAGUGUAUCUGUCUCCUGAAGUUUUACACUCCAACUGGUUGGUUCUGUUCUCGUCCACUGACCAGAGACAUAAAAUCUUGGCUGCUGCUAUCUGGAUUUCUGUCUUAUAUGGAUAAUUUAUCAAUCCUGUUUUUGAAGGAGAACUUUUCACAAGAUUCUAGUAAUGCUUAAGUCAUGACGAAGUGAUGAAAUUGAGAAUUGAAAAUAACAUUGCAAUAAUGAUAUAGUUUAGCUUACAAUCUACUUCGAAUAUUGAAACUCUUAUUACUAGUCUCUGUCACAUGCACCGAGAUCAAGCUGGAGGUGCUUCUAGACGAAUUUGAUCAUUAUCUUUAGGUGUUUCUUUGCUAGCACAAUCAGCAACUUUAGCUCCGGCCUCAACAUCUCCGGCCAAACACCGUCUCCAUUUUCGUCUCAGCCAACCUAAAAGCCCACCACUCUUUAUCAUCUCCAACGGAUUGACUUCAGCCACUAGACCAGUUCUCUGGCGGCUCCGUGCGCAGAAUCGACCCAAGAAGCAGGAGAGAACAGCAAGAAUGAUGAGAACAGAUAUGACAGCGAAGAAGGGUCCAAUGGAGCUGGAAGAGUAAUGGUUUGGAGCGUUUGGUGCUGCGAUUAGAUUGGCAUUGGUAGCCAUAGGUGUGAUCUCAUUGCCUCCUAAUUGUUGUUGAGGUUGUUGUUGGAUAGGAAACAAUGACGAGCUGCUACUACUACUAGCCAUAGCCAUUGAAUCUAAUGAAAUUUUGGUUUUCGGUGAUCAAGAUUCAAUAUUUGUUGAUUGAGUAACGG